GAUUCAUGCACUUGAGACUCUAAACCCAUCCCCACUGUGCUUUAUUUUCAUUCAGAAUAUACUCUUGGUUAAUACCAAAAUGGCUAAGCUAUUUUGUGCUUCUCCCAUUUUCGUUGCUGCUUUCGUCUUGCUGUUGAUUACUGUAUCCGUUUCCUCUGUUCGGGAUCGUGCACAGACUGCCAAUUCAUAUAACGGAGAUGCAGUUUUGGAUCUUGCAAUGACCACCGAUUUAGGCGAUGGAAACGCGGUUUGCUAUUUUGACGGUGGAUAUAUCGGAGUGGUAAAAGUGGCAACAAGCAAAAUAUCUUGCCCAAGGUGUAAGAGGAACUGUCUGGGGCAGUGUGGAAGAAGCAAAUACACGACCGUACACAGCCAGUGCGAUACUAUAGCCUCAGCCACAUUACAGUGCUACUGUUGUUGCAGUAACGUACAGAAGCUUUCCUUCAAUCCAUCGGAUCACUAAAUUAAUCCAACAUGGUCCUAGUAGUACUUGGAAGUGGCCGGCGUGAGGAGAGUAUAUCUAUGUUUUUUUUUGUUCUCCUUUUGAAGCAGUACAUCCAUGAUGUUUCACUCCUAUUUCGAACAAAAAUCAAUAAAAAGUUUCACUAGUAUUUAAGUACUUUUUUCUCAAAUAA